GGCGGAUGAAGCGAUGGACUGUGUCCAGAUGGUGUUGUAUGCAAAUGAAAGUGUUGAGGGACUAUACAAAGAUGGAGCUAGAUUCCAGCUGUCACCAUGUGGGGCUGUGUUUGUAUAUGAGACUCCACCUGGUGACAGGCAUCCUCUUCAAGGGUGUCAAAGAAUCCAACAAAGGACAGCAUUCACAACCAGUCAGUACCUGACCCGAGUCAAAGAGCUGUUGGAUUUUAGGAACACUUAUACAGAAAGACCAUAUAUCACCAAGAAUAUGUACAAACCGGAGAAUAUCAUCAAAUUAUAUGCAGAUGUAAACCAAGUGAUUUGGCAGCCUGCCUCUUUACAAUGUCAUCAUGACGGCAGUGUCAAAAUGGCAACCAAUGAGGAGUUAGCUUACAUAACGUUACAGCCAAACAAUCAAGAGUUUCAUGUGAGAUAUCUAGCUCGUGUUAGUCAGAGUGGACAUUUAAGAACCAGGGAAAAUCAGAGUUCUUCUAGAUGCUCAAGUUUAGAUUCAAAUUGCUCUAAGGAUUCUAAUGCAAGUUCUAAUAGCUCGAAUAAUUCAGAAGACAGUGACACGUCAAAUUCAAGAAUACUUCGAGGUGAUAUAAAAGGUGUUGAGAUCUACCUACCAGAUGGAAGCAUGUUGAAGUCUAAAGGGACUAAAGGACAGUAUUUCACACAUAUCAUUCCUGUUACACACGAGGGAGUAUGCUCAGUAGAAGAAAGGACAUACAUGGCCAAGAAACCCCCUCCCUCUAAGCGUGGAGAGUCACAAAGUAUUGCUAAGAUACUUGCAAGAGGUGAAAGGUUGAUGGAACAUCUUGAGUUGUCAACAACUGAAAAAGACCUCUGCUGCUGGAAGGAGCAUUCCCGACCUUUGACCCAGCCUCUGACCUCAAUGUUACUUGAAGAAUGCUUCGUUGACCAUAUAGGGAAGUUCAAGGCUUUCUCGAAUGGCCAUAUAAGGAUUGUUUUCAAUGACAGAACAUGCCUAGACAUGCUCGGGGAUUUCACUGGCAGGCUAGAAGGAUGUAAAGGACACAGUCCUGAGAAAUUACAGCAGACAAUGGCAACUAGUGGCCAAGGCUUGAAGCAGGGACAUGUCGUACCAGGCUACCUUGUGCCAGGCGUGUGUAGGCUACUUCUCCCUAAUGGACAAUACACCCAAGUCUGUGUGGAUGCUCCUAUGGAAUUCCAAAGAUAUGUUAAACUUGCCCAGAAAUGGUGCAAUUGGGUCAACACGCCACCUAGUGAAAGAUAUAUGUUCUACAAGGGUAUAGUGUCAGGCACAAACAGUUUACCACCCCUGUCAGAUGUACUGACCGCCACAGCCAAUCAAUCCCAAGAUGCACUGUAUGCCACAUCUCGUUGUCAGCCUGAGUCUCAAAGUGUUCAUGCUUCUGGAGUUACGAGCGCUGUUGAUGCAGAAUUGAAGAAAAUACAUUGCUUUAACUAUAUAGUGGAGAAUACAGUUUUGAGUAAAACAAAAAAGGACCCCUUGGCAGCUAAACAACCGAAACCAACUCAUAAUAUCCUACAGAUAAAAGAUGUGAACAUACCAAGGAGUCCAACAUUAGAACAAUUGGGAUUAAAACGAACAAAACCAAUGCUACAACAAAACUCAAUUGGAAAAUUGACUGGUACAAAUACUGGAUAUUGGAAACCAGGGCGAGAAAAUACCCAAAGAGACAAAGAAAAUCAUAGCUCUAAAAUGCCAGAUUUUGUUCAUAAUGCAUUAAAACAGACAUCCCAACUAAUGGGUGACAUUGACCAUAUUUUACAUAAUAACGGAGAAUUUGGACCGAGUAGACUACAAUGA